UGUUUACUUCUAUACUCCUUGUUUACAUCGCGCGCGCUUUCUGUAGCUUGUUAGUGGUGUUGUAGAGGCGUAUUCUGUCGUACUGAAAAUAAUUCAUUGUUUGCUUACAGUUCUUGUUGAAGGAAAUGAGCUAUUUAGAUGAAGUCUUGGCUCAAGCUGCGGAGGCGGAGCUGGCGAGCCUCGACGAGAAGAUCGCGGAGAUCAACGAGCGGGUGUCGCAGCUCAAGCUGGAGGCGAAGGAGAUGAUGGAGGACAAGUACAUCACGCUGGGCUCCGUGUCCCAGGACCCGCACGAGCUGCGCGCCCUCGUGCAGCGCUUGGGCGGCGAGAUGGACCGCCUCGUGAAGCACAUCAACAGCCAGACCAUGCAGCAGCUGUGCAACUCGACCGGAGAGGUGCAGGGACUGCUGGCGUCGCUGAAGGAGGUGGCCCUCAAGUACCAGUACGUGACGCAGCUGCUGUCCAUCGACGCGCAGCUCGGAGAGGCCGGCCGGGCCUACGAGGAGAAGCGCUAUGUCGACACCGCCCGCGCCCUCAAGGAGCUGCUGGGACUGCUGAAGUCGGUGUCGAAGACGGAGUCCCCGGAGAUCCUGAAGGCGCUGUCGACGGAGCGCGUGUACGUGUUCGAGCGCUUCAUGUGCGACAUGACGGAGGCAUGGGGCUCGUGCCUGUCGCUGGAGGAGACGGACCUGGCGGGAGGGAACAAGCUCGCGCGGCUCGUCGUGCGCACAGACCGCCGGGAGGAGCUGGGGCAGGUGUUCCAGGCGCUGGACGCCUUCGACCACGUGGACUUGGUGCUGGGCAGGUUCUCGUCGGCGCUGAUGGGGCGGCUGCUGGGGCCGGCCGUGCGGUACCGCAGCCACGCGCGGCAGGCGGCGGAGGAGGGCGGCGCCGCCGCGCUGGAGCUGGAGACCACGCCCGGCGCCCCGCAGCCCAGGUACAACGACGUGAUGCGCAGCCUGACGACGGUGUUCCGCUUCCUGUCGGCGCAGCUGAACGUGGGGGUGGGCGGCGGGGCGACGCUGCUGUCGCGGGUGGGCGAGGCGGUGGGCGCGGAGUUCUGCGCGGCGCUGGUGGAGCAGUGCGUGGCGGGCCUGGUGCCCGCGCAGCCGGGCCGCGACGCGGAGCCGGCGGCCCAGGUGCGCGAGGUGCUGGUGGGGCUGCAGGCGCAGCUGAAGCUGAGCCGGUUCCUGCGCGAGGACGACGGCACGCUGGCGGAGCUGGCGGCCAGCGUGGACCAGCUCUGCGCCGGAAAGCAGUGCCAGCAGCUGCUGGAGCGCGCGCGGACCAUCAUGAGGCAGGACCUGCACGACGCCGUGCGCGUGGCUCCUCAACAACCAAAGAAGAUACCGCAGCGCAAGAAAAACCACAGCCCCACCAAAGCCCCGAGCGAAUCGCCGGCCAGCAAGGAGCAGCCCAGGUCCGUGUCCGUGGCCAAGACAAAGAACAAAAACCCCGCCGCGAAGCCCGGGGGCGACGAGCCGAGGCGCGAGGGCAAGGGGGAGACGUGCGUGUCGCGGCCGGACAGGGGCCCGGAGCUCGGCGCGUCCGUCGCGGAAGCGGAGGAGGAGGCCAGCGCGAGGGAUGCCAGCCUGUUCAAGGUCGUGGGCGUGGCGAGGCCGGACGUCGAGCAGUCCCUGGAGGCCUUCCAGCUGCCCGAGUGCCAGAUCAGCAAGUCGACGGAGGAGCUGAUGAACCUGGUGACGCACGUCCUGGACCAGGUGAGCCACAGCACCGGCUCCUACGCGUCGAGGCUCUUUCUCACGACGCGCAACAUCUUCGAGCUGUACAUGGCCGUGGUGCCCGUCCACCACCGCAAGUUCCUGGAGACCAUCCCCCAGCACGCCGCGCUGUUCCACAACAACUGCGCGUACCUGGCGCACCGGCUGGCGACGCUGGGGCUGGAGUGCCAGCGGGCCUUCCCCGAGGAGGUGCUGCGCGAGAACACGGUCACCUUCGUGGACCUGGCGCAGAAGCUGCGGCACCUGGGCGCCGAGCAGUUCCUGGCGCAGAUGCGGGCCCAGCGCGACGGCCUGCUAGAUAUGCUGCGCGGCUCCGGCUUGUCGACGCUGGGCGAGAGCCCGCACCUCUCGCCGCAGACGGAGAGGUCGAUCCGGCAGUGCCUGCGGCAGUUCGAGUUCCUGGGGUCCGUGUGGCGCGGCGUCCUGCCGACCAACGUGUGCGACAAGUCGCUGGGCUGCCUGGUGAACUCCUUUCUGGAGGACGUAGUGGUCCACGUCGUGAAGGCUGAAGACAUCCCGGCGGAGACUGCCGUCGAACUGGCCAACGUGUUUGAGUUGGUGCAGAACAGAGUGCCUUCUGUGUUUGCGGGCGAGAGCGACCUGCGCAAGCACGUGAAGCUGUGGCCGCGCUUCGGGGAGCUGGCGGCGGUGCUGCGCGGCACGCUGCGCGAGAUCGAGGACCGCUGGGGAGCGGGCGCCGGGCCCGCCGCGCGGGUCUUCACCCCCAACGAGCUGAGGCAGCUGGUGCGGGCACUCUUCCAGAACACGGAGCGCCGCGCCGCGCUGCUCGCCAAGAUCAAGUAGUCCCCCGGGGGGUGAAGUGGCAGCUCUUCAAGAAACAAGGGUGUUCACGUUCUGGUGUU